GAAAAAAUAAAGCAAAUACCUUAGUAUAUCUUAGUACUACUAAUCAUGUCGUCAACUUUAGAGGUCAGCGGAUAUGUUAUGGAGCCAACCAAAGUUGAUACAUUAUCGCCAUAUGUUAAGAACCUUCUCUGAAUGAAAGCUGACGCUGCUUGUCUGUUUAUUUUGUGGAAAGACGGAAGUAAAUCAAAUGGGAGGGGACAGAAGGCCAUCACAGCUCCUACUACGCCUGUCACGGAGAAUCGACAAUUUGGAUCCAAGAUGACGGACUCCAAGUACUUCACCACUACCAAGAAAGGGGAGAUCUUUGAGCUCAAGGCAGAGCUGAACAGUGAUAAGAAAGAGAAGAAGAAGGAGGCUGUGAAGAAGGUCAUUGCAUCCAUGACAGUUGGCAAGGAUGUCAGCGCUCUGUUCCCAGAUGUUGUGAACUGCAUGCAGACGGACAACCUGGAACUGAAAAAGCUGGUCUACCUCUACCUGAUGAACUAUGCCAAGAGUCAGCCAGACAUGGCUAUCAUGGCUGUUAACACUUUUGUAAAGGACUGUGAAGACCCUAACCCUCUAAUCCGGGCCCUUGCUGUGCGUACAAUGGGCUGCAUCCGUGUGGACAAGAUCACUGAGUACCUCUGUGAGCCACUGAGGAAAUGUCUGAAGGAUGAAGACCCAUAUGUAAGGAAGACAGCUGCUGUGUGUGUAGCAAAGCUCCAUGAUAUCAACGCCCAGUUGGUGGAGGACCAAGGUUUCCUGGACACCCUUAAAGACCUCAUCUCUGACUCCAACCCCAUGGUUGUAGCAAAUGCAGUGGCAGCGCUGUCAGAGAUAGCUGAGUCUCACCCCAACAGUAAUUUACUGGACCUGAACCCUCAGACCAUCAAUAAGUUGCUGACAGCUUUAAAUGAGUGUACAGAGUGGGGACAGAUAUUCAUUCUUGACUGCCUGGCCAACUACACACCUCGUGAUGACCGCGAGUCUCAAAGCAUCUGUGAGCGUGUCACCCCGCGGCUCUCCCAUGCCAACUCUGCAGUGGUUUUGUCAGCUGUUAAAGUUUUAAUGAAGUUCAUGGAGAUGCUGCCCAAAGACUUGGACUACUAUGGCACCCUGCUGAAGAAGCUCGCCCCGCCUCUGGUCACUCUCCUCUCUGCUGAGCCUGAGUUGCAAUAUGUGGCUCUUAGAAACAUCAACCUCAUCGUACAGAGACGCCCAGAGAUCCUGAAACAUGAGAUGAAGGUUUUCUUUGUAAAGUACAAUGACCCAAUCUAUGUCAAACUGGAGAAGCUGGACAUUAUGAUUCGCCUAGCAUCUCAAGCCAACAUUGCCCAGGUCCUGGCUGAGCUGAAGGAGUACGCCACUGAGGUGGAUGUGGACUUUGUCCGUAAAGCGGUCAGAGCCAUUGGCCGCUGUGCCAUCAAAGUAGAGCAAUCAGCGGAGCGCUGUGUCAGCACACUGCUAGACCUCAUCCAAACCAAGGUCAACUAUGUGGUGCAGGAGGCCAUUGUGGUCAUCAAGGACAUCUUCCGCAAGUACCCCAACAAAUAUGAGAGUGUGAUUGCCACCCUGUGUGAAAACCUGGACUCCCUGGAUGAGCCGGAGGCACGUGCCGCCAUGAUCUGGAUUGUGGGAGAAUAUGCCGAGCGCAUUGACAACGCCGAUGAGCUGCUGGAGAGCUUUUUGGAGGGUUUUCACGAUGAAAGCACUCAGGUUCAGUUGCAACUGCUGACAGCAAUUGUCAAGUUGUUCCUGAAAAAGCCCACAGAGACCCAGGAGUUAGUGCAGCAGGUGUUAAGCCUGGCCACACAGGACUCCGAUAACCCAGACCUCAGGGACCGGGGCUACAUCUACUGGCGUCUGCUCUCCACAGACCCAGUGGCUGCCAAGGAGGUGGUUCUGGCUGAGAAGCCCCUGAUCUCGGAGGAGACAGAUCUGAUUGAGCCCACACUGCUGGAGGAGCUCAUCUGCCACAUUGGCACUCUGGCCUCUGUCUACCACAAGCCUCCCAGUGCCUUUGUUGAGGGCAGCCGUGGUGUUCAGCACAAGCGACUCCCCGGCAGCGCUGGAUCUGGGGAAAGUGUUGAGAGCCCAGAUACAGGUUCUGCUGCUGGAGUUUCUGAGGCACCCCCAGCUGUCAUCCCAUCCCAGGGAGACCUCCUCGGGGAUCUGCUUAAUCUGGACCUGACCCCUACCACCACCGGACCACCACCACCACCACCCGCUUCCUCUGGCAUGCAGUUGGGUGCUAUGGACCUUCUUGGAGGAGGACUGGACAGCUUGCUUGGCGGAGACCUUGGAGGAGGACCUGCUAUAGGGACAAGUUUCGGCGCUCCACCAGCUACCAUGCCAGCUUCUUUCAAUGUCCCGGUUAGUGGAGGUCUGGAUGACCUGUUUGAUCUCGGAGGUGGAGUUGGUAUGCCUAUGGGUGCCUUCAACCCCCCUAAAACAGUUUGGCUUCCAGCCAUGAAGGCCAAGGGUCUGGAGAUAUCUGGCACUUUUGUCCGCCGUGCUGGGGUCAUCCAAAUGGAGAUGACCCUCACUAAUAAAGCUAUGAGUGUCAUGACUGAUUUUGCCAUCCAGUUUAACAGAAACAGCUUUGGUCUCGCUCCGGCUGGUCCCCUCCAAGUACUCAGUCCUCUUAGCCCAAACCAAAGUAUUGAAGCGGUCCUUCCCCUCAGUACUGUGGGACCUGUCAUGAAGAUGGAGCCUCUCAACAACCUUCAGGUGGCUGUUAAGAACAACAUUGACGUAUUUUACUUCAGCUGCCAGUACCCCAUCAGCAUGCUGUUUGCGGAGGACGGGAAGAUGGAUCGACAGGUGUUCCUGGCCACAUGGAAAGACAUUUCUAAUGACAACGAGUCCCAGUUUCAGAUCAAAGACUGCCAUCUCAACUCAGAUGCAGCCUCCAACAAACUGCAGGGUAGCAACAUCUUCACCAUAGCCAAGCGUACAGUUGAGGGUCAGGACAUGCUGUAUCAGUCCAUGAAACUCACCAAUGGCAUCUGGGUGCUGGCAGAGCUGAGGGUGCAGGCGGGGAACCCAAAUUACACGAUCUCUCUUAAAUGCAGAGCUCCAGAGGUUUCCCAGUGCGUUUUCCAGAACUACGAGACGGUGCUGAAGAACUGAAACCACCCACCGACCCGGCCGCUGCUCUCACAGACUCCUGGCACCUCCAUCCCCUGACCCAUGGACCAUAUUACACCCUCAUACAGGGCAGGACCCACUUCCUGCUGUGUUGGCACUCUGUGUGUCAUCCAGCAGUUAAAUUAGGAUGGUUAAUGAUUUUUCUUUUUUUUAUUCCUAAGACUGAAGAAAAUCCUGGACUGUCUUUGUUAGCCUUAUCCUGUCCCCUGCUAUGUGUGUCUGUUAUACAAAAGUUUAAGUUUCAGGACAUUAUCUUAUACAUUUUUUGAUUGAACGCUUUCACAUUGAGCUGGUUCUCCACUUUGGGAUGACCUGUAUUCUUUUAGGGACAGACGGCUGUUUUCCUGUGUCUGCAUGAGGCUCUUUAAUCAUUAUCUAGCCCCACUUCUCUGAAAAUGGGAGGCUAUUUUUAGCGUCUGCAAUCAGCAGGUGAAUCAUCACUGUCCGCAUUUUUAUUUAGGGUACAUUCAAUUAAAAUGCAUCAGAAAAAAGGCUUUAACUCUCACUGCCCCUGUAGGAAGUGGCUGGAUGGGCCUUUAAGAGAGACCCAUAGAUAGUUACAAACUACAUCAUUGUUGUCUUUGUCAUUUUAUAGAGUUUUCUUUAGUGUCUGAGGUUAACAGUAGGAUCUGAUCCUCUUCUGUCGCUGAAAGCAGAAUGUUUGCUGUUUGUUAGUGUGCGUUUCUUUAAUUUUUCCAUCAAUAUCUGGACAUUUUGUAGACUAGCUGCAGUCGUCCACUGCCUGCUCUCUUACUUAAUCAUUCCAUGGUUUGAUUUGUGUUUGUAGUCUUGUUAGUGUUCAUGUGGCAAACUGUGAGAGCCUCCUCGUCGCAGCCUCUCCAGUACCAUGGCCACCCGAGAUGACUGCUCAGGUGAGAGAACUCUAAGCUUAUGAUGCUAUGGUUUGUAACACCGAGUAAUAAGUGUACAUGUAGGUAAGCACACUGUCUACAGCUAGUGUCAAUGUUUUACCUGCAGGCUCGACUAGACAAAUUUAAUUCCUUUUCAGAGUCGUUACACUGAAGCCCUUUUUAUUGGCUGUAUAGGAUGUAUGUGCCCACGUUAACACCUCAUAAGAUGACAACAGAGGUGGCUGUGUAUUGCUAGCGUGUGUUUUUGUGUGGUGACAGCUGAUUCAUAUAAAAGCCUGUAAAAAAUAUAUAUAU